AUGGAGGAGCAAGACCAACGAAAGCCGAACGGCGGCAAUAACGGCCUCCCAGUGCCACCGAGCACGACGGAGACCGGUCAGGGCCCUCUGCAGGACAUCCUCGGCCGGACGCCGAACUGCCAGUACGUCAAGAAGCGCUUGCUGGGACAGGGCAGCUUUGGUAGCGCGUGGCGCGUGGAGGAAAGCGCUACCGGCAGCGUCUUCGCCGCGAAGGUGAUGGACCUGAAUAGCAUGAGCGAAAAGGACCGUGGCUUUGUCACAAACGAGGUAAAGUGUCUCUCGCGCUGCUGCAACCCGCACGUCGUGCGCUGCGAGAACGCCAUCGAGAGAGAGGGACAGCUGCUGAUUGUGAUGGAGUACGCCGAUGGCGGGGAUUUGUACAAGCAGAUCAAGGCCCGCGUGCGCGAGAUGAAGUUUUUCCGCGAGCACGAGGUGGUGUUCAUCUUUCUGCAGCUUUGCCUUGCCCUGGACCACAUUCACUCGAACAAGAUGAUGCACCGCGACCUGAAGACCGCAAACAUACUCCUCACUACCACCGGCCUCGUCAAGCUCGGCGACUUCGGCUUUUCUCGCCAGUACGAGGACUCCCUCUCCAAUGCCGUCGGCUCGACCUUCUGUGGCACGCCAUACUACCUGAGCCCGGAGUUGUGGCAUCGCCAGCCCUACAGCAAGAAGAGUGAGAUGUGGGCCCUCGGAGUCGUGCUUUACGAGGUCAUGGCGCUCCGCCGCCCCUUCACCGGGAAGAACAUGGAUGAGCUCAUCACAAACAUAUGCCACGGUCGGCGCUCUGACCUGCCGUCAUCGUACUCGGCGAGUUUGCGUGAUGUGUGCAACCGACUUCUCUCCGUCGACCCCAACACGCGGCCGACUAUUCACGAACUGUUUCACGAGCCUUUUAUUCAAUCCAACCUCGAGACCCUCAAGCGCAGUGUGGAGAAACACAGCCGCAUCCCAGCCGACGUGCGUGAGGCCAUCGCGCGCUGCAUUACGCAGUCGCUAAACACGGAGGAGCCGCCUGCGCACUUGGAUGAGCCGGAGCCGCUUAUUGGCACGGUGAAGCGUCACACGGCGCUGCGCGGAUGGCAAAAGUGCCUCUUGAGUUUCGACAAGAAGCAGAUUUCGAUUCGGGACCCAAGCGGGGUGGACCCGGAGGAGUUGGUGCCGGUCUCCACCCUGACCUCCGUGUGCCCCAUCGAUGUCAUGAUGGCUGGCGAGGAGUUUGUCUUUGCCAUGAAGAACCAAGCGGGUAAGGCUUUCUGGUUCAUGGCGCCGAGCCAGAGGGCGUACGAGCAGUGGCUGACUACGUUGCAGGAGGCCGCCCCGUAA